AUGAUAAACGACGAUGCUUCUCCUCGGCCGACAACAAAACUACCAAAGGAACCACCGGAAUAUUAUGAAAAGUACCCAGCGUGUCAAAUUCGAGUUUAUAACAUGGUGGAAGUUCAUUACGAAGUCAUGGAAUCCAUUGCCAAACAGAUACCCUACGAAUAUCUCAAUUUGGUGACUACUACCAACAACAACGAUAACAACAACCACAAGACCAAGAAUGCGCAAUGCAAUCCAUAUCAUUUGAAUUUUGAAUUCGAUGCCAAGGCCAGUGGAAAGGUACGCGCCAAGUCUUGGUUGGCCGAUAUGAAUGACCGGGUGGCCGGGACUAGUAUCACAGACAACCUGAACGUGACAAGAACCCUUGGUCCGGCCUAUUUGGGACGCUCCAAUAAUCGAACCAAUUGGGAUGUUGUGAUUCAAGUCACUUGUGGAUGCGAUGCUGCCACGCGCGAUUGGCUAAUAACGAACAACAACAACAACAAUCACGACAAUCACAAUGUUUGCAUCCAUCAUGGAAAGUGCAAUUGGACGGAUUCGAUACCCAAUAGCAUUCAAAUGUCACCACACUUUGAACGAUACUUUGUACCAUCCUCCUUGCCCAUUUUUGAUUUGGAUCCUGCCGAACAAGACAAACGAGACGAUCGGAUUGACUUGUGUACCAUUGGAUCCAUAUGGCGGCGGAAUUGGCGGUUGGUGACACCCUUUUUUGAAAACAAUGAUGAUGACGAUUCAAACAGCACCACUAGUACCAACUAUGAACAAUAUUACGACAAGAUUCGAUUCCGCAUGUUGGGCAAGGGUGGCAUGCCCUAUCCGCUACGGCCCUACAAGAACAAAACAAAAUUUCAACCCAAUCAAAUUGGGGACGAUCGGAAAUUCUAUGCGGCCGAACGUGCCUGCGGAGUGAUUUUGCUGCCGAUUGCCAGGAUCAAGGGCAAGAAUUACGUGAAUUAUUUCAAGAGUCCACCCGAUUCGACCUGGAAAUUGUCGGGAACCAUUCCUCCCAUUAUUGCCUUUGAAAGACCCUUUUUGGUGCCCAAUGAGAUUUUAGAGCUCUACCGCAAGGAACUUCCUUUACAUGUUCCUCAUCGAGGAUUUGAUGAUCUGGAACCGAAUGGAUUUGCAGAGGCCUUGAGCUCUUUAUUAGAUGAAUUGCUGGAAAUGAAAUGA